CCCAACGUAUCUCACGAGCUGUCAGCUGCUCUAAAGUUCUAAUAGACGUCUCGAGCCCCGCGUCUCUUUUAUCUCCUCAGGUCACCGGCUGUGGUUUGAACCUCGAGCUGCUGGAGAACUUCUUCAAAUCCGGCGCUGUUUAAAAUAAACGCCAUCCUUGUCGUGAGUCUAUCGUACCUUUGUGAAUUUAAAAGCUGAAAAGUAACGUUAGUGUUUAGAGGAAGAGAGAGAGAGACAAAGAAAAUGGAUUCCCAGGUCUCGGAAAAGGAGACGAUUUCAGUUGUGAUUAAAACGCCGAAUCAAGUUCAUGGUGAUCAGACAAUCGAAAAUGUAAACAUCAACUGGACGGUGCAAGAGCUGAAAACUCAUCUGGCGAGAAUUUAUCCAUCCAAACCGGCUGAAAAAGACCAGAGACUGAUCUACUCAGGCAAACUGCUCACAGACAAGCUGCACCUCAGAGACGUGUUCAGGAAGACAGAUGCAGUACCCACUCUUCACCUUGUGUGUGCGCUUAAACCCCAGCUUGAUUUUCAGCAGGGAGCCAGACCUAAGGUCAAACUAGCAGAGCAGCAGCCAAUGCUAGCCACUGCCUCUCAAGCACCAUCUGCGCCUACCGUGUCCUCUACUGAUGGUCUCAGACAGCGCGGACACCCUGCCCCUGCUGCGCCGACUGCUGCAUGGCCUGCCACAGGCACUGGCACAAGCACAUCCGAGCCAAGACCAGCAGCGAUGACCCAUCCAGCCUUUCCUACAUACACACUUUACAGCCCACAGCAACUCCUUUGGCUCCAGCAUAUGUACGCUCGGCAGUAUUAUAUGCAGUACCAAGCAGCUAUUGCGGCCGCUGCCUCCGUUCCCGUCACACCUCCUACUCCACUACCCGUCACGCCGCAACAAGCCACAGUACCUGCAGGGCUAGCCAAUCAGGCACCCAUUGACAACCUGCCAGCCAAUCAGAAUGUUCCAGACCCUGCUUUUAUCAACCCAGAUGGAGCCAAUCAGAACAUGCGCAUGAAUGCACAGGGCGGGCCAGUGAUGGAGGAUGAAGAGGAUGUGGAAAGAGACUGGCUGGAUUGGGUUUACACCGCCUCUCGCUUCGCUGUGUUCCUGAGCAUAGUUUACUUCUAUUCCAACCUGAGUCGCUUCAUCCUAGUGAUGAGCAGCCUGCUCCUCAUGUACCUGCACACUGCCGGCUGGUUCCCGUUCAGACGAAGAGCUCAGGCUCAACCUCCAAACCAUCCAGCACCAGAGGUCAUUCAGAACCAACAGAAUCAGAACCAGGACAGACAAGAGCCGGUGGUGCCCCCUGCUGAAUUGGAGGAUGGUGAAACAGAUGGGGAUGCUGACGUUCCACCCCCCAUAACUGCAGUUCCUGUGUCUCCAGUCCGACCCUCCAUUAUCUGGACAGCCUGGGUUUUCUUCAAAGCUUUCUUUGCCUCCCUAGUCCCUGAGGCCCCUCGGGCUAUGGCUAACUGAGUCCAGCAAAAAUGUGGUCAGACUGGUCAAGUAAAAAGUAGCACCAACCAUGAAGGAGAACUCUCUCUUAGUCACUUUGGAUAACCUCUUCUAAAUCACUUUGCUCCUGUUCUUUUUGCGAACAUGUGGUCUGUGAUUCCUGGAUUCGAUUUUAUUCUGUUUAAUGAAGCUCCAGGUUCACCUGUUCAGCACUUUUAAGCUGUUUGGUGAUGUGACCAAAAACCUCAUUCAUUCUUUCAACCAAAUAGUUUGUAUAUAGUGUAAAUAAGUGCUGAAUCAACUUGUAAAUGUUUCUGUAUAGUUUCUGCACAGCACUUUACAUUUUCUCCCAGCCAGCAUCAGUCAUCUGACCAGCUUGCACAGUGCUUAUGUCAUCAGGACUUCAUUUUCCUGGAAUGAUCCAGUGAUUAAAACCAUGGGUGGAACUUGGCUUAUCUCUUCAAACAUGACUGGCAUUGAAGAUUAUUAAUAGUUUCUUUGUGUAUAAAUGCCUUUUAUAAGGGCUCGUGUUUUCGGCACUUAGUACUGGUCUGUGUGUUGGGAAUGAAUUAUGUUCAGGCUUAUCUCACGCUUCUGUAUGAUUAUGUAUGAUGUUCUGAGUUAAAAGAAUAUACAAAAAUAAUACCAAUCAUAUGCAUAAAAUAUUAACAGCCCAAGAAAUGUUUGUUUUGUGACUUCUGGAACAAAGUAGGACAAAACUUAAUUUGAAUCCUGCAUGAAUAAGUAGCUCUUAUUUAAUCCGUUUUGCAUCGGCAUGUAAAGUAAAGGAACCGGGCACCUGAAAGCAAAGUAUCAUUUCUUUAAUGAAAGAAUUAAUACAUUUAAAUAAUAAACAGUUUUGAUCUGGUAUUUAGCAGUUUGUGUUUUCUCAUUUUAUUUUCCCUUCAAAAGGAUUCAGCUUUGCUAAUGCAAUCGAAACAUUCUGUAAAACUUUGUAGAAGGAAGUGAAAUAAAUUCCUUUAAAUGAAACAAGUGGCUUCUUUGUGAUAAGGAUUACAAGCUGCUGAACAGCAUGCCACACAAGCAUUGUCAUGGUGACGCAGUGCUAAUGCAUUGUGUUUGUCUGGCAUACACUUUCUCUUCUCGGAUUUGUUACGUUAGUUCUUUGAACUUCAGACAUAAACUGACCAGCCUGCUUGCUGCUGAUAAACCAUCAGAAUGUGAACCUAUGAAGCAAUAACUGCUUCUUUUCAGAUACUAAGUUUUUGCAUAUGAGCAUACGUCUGUUGCCUAGCUCUGCUUAUAUAGCGAUAGACUUCCUCGUAAUUCUCCUAAUCUACACUAAGGGUUACCUCUAGACAUCCAUGUCCUUCCCCACUUCAUUCUCCAGCCUGGAAUUUUGUCCUAUUCAGGUUCAGUGUGCUCUGGCCUAUUCAACACAAGAGAAUGUUUUGUACAACAUGUUCCUCUAAUUUUAUUGACUUUCUAUAACCUGUAGCCUUUAACUAAGGCUUGUGGACUCUGGACGAAAGCGUCAGAUCUCUUCUGUCCUGCUUGUUUUUGGAGUCAGGCAUAAACCACAGUGCUCCUCCUCCAGCCACACACACACACUCUCUCUCUCUCUCUCUCUCUCUCUCUCUCUCUCUCUCUCUCUCUCUCAGGGUGUCUCAUCCCUCCUCCUAUAUUUUAUCUUAUAGCCUUGAGAAUUUAAAGCACGAGACAAAGAAACCCAAUAUCAUUGACUGAAGAACAACAGAGCAGGGCCUGUAUUUAUGAACAUUCCAGAGAUGAAGAGGAACACAGAGGGACCAGGUGUAGGAUUGCUCCUGCUUUUUUGUCUGGCUGGAGUUGGACACUCGUGUGUGGAUCCUGAAUCGGCCUACAGGCUUACCGGCAUUGUGUGUAGGCUCACAUACCCUGCGGCUGCUGUGU